CAGAGAAAGCUUGGCGCAGUUAUCCGUUUAUAAAAAACUUGUGAAUCGCCUCGUUUUCCCAGGGGCGUCCUUAUACACCUGACCCCAAACAACCGAUUAUUUGACAGCCGGUCUAACCGUGGCCAUGUCAACCUUGCGCACAUCCAAACAGGAGGACAAAGCCUUGAAGGGCCUCGAAUCACCCCCAGUCGAGGCAGCGCCCAAUUUGUCGAAGCGGCCGUGGGACCGGAUCCCCUUCUUCCGAUCCACGCUCUUCCAGAUCCUCGUCGUCGGCAUCUGCGCCUUCUGUGCUCCGGGAAUAUGGAGCGCCAUGAACGGCCUCGGCGUCGGCGGCUCGCAGAGUCCGGACCUGGUCAACGCCGCCAACGCGCUGCUGUACGCGUUCAUGACGGCGACGUGCUUUGCAGGACCGUGGCUGACGAACGUCAUCGGCUUCCGAUGGACCCUCGCGCUGGGCUCUCUCGGCUACCCGCUGUACGCCGCGGGGCUGUACACCAACAACCGGUUCGGCAACAUCUGGUUCGUCUACGUCGGCGCCGUGGCCUGCGGCAUCAGCGCGGGCUUCUUCUGGAGCGUCGAGGGCGCCAUCUCGACGGGCUACCCGGAGCAGCACAAGCGCGGCCGGUACAUCGCCACGUGGUUCACAUUCCGCAACUUCGGUAACAUCAUCGGGGGAGCCAUCUCGCUCGGCCUCAACCACAGCGUCGCCCACAAGGGAAAAGUCGGCUACCAGACCUACCUCGGCUUCAUCGCCAUCCAGUGUCUCGGCCUCUUCUUCGGCCUCCUCCUGUCCAACCCGGAGAAGGUCCGCCGCGACGACGGCACCCGCAUCGAGGCACCGAGGGGCAUCGACUGGCGCACCGAGCUGCGCGAGAUGUGGCGCCUCGCCACGAGCCGGUCCAUCCUUCUGCUGAUCCCGCUGUUCUGGUAUUUUGGCUGGAUGCAGGCGUACCCAGGCACCUACUUGGCGACGUAUUUCACGGUGCGGUCCCGCGCCCUCGGAAGCUUCAUGUCUGCCAUCGUCGGCACCCUGGCAACCUGGCUGAGCGGCAUGCUGGUUGACCUCCCCUGGGUCAAGAGCCGGCAGAGGCGCGCCGUAGUUACGUUUAUCCUUAUCGCCGCACUCAAUAGUGCCACGUGGAUAUGGGCCGUCAUCAUCCAGAACGAGUACCGCCACACGCUGCCUGUGCUGGACUGGGCGGAUCAGCGGACGUUUGGGCGAGGUUUUGGACUGUACAUGUUCGAGCGGAUUAGCCUCGGAACCGUGGAGAACUACAUCUACUGGUGCAUCGGAAACCUGUCCGACUCACCUGGGGACCAGAUCCGGUACAGCUCGCUACUCAGGGGUAUUGAGACGGCAGGCGUUGCGGUCGGGUUUGGCGUCCAGGCCGUUCCCACGGCGCUGAUUAUCACGGCGAGCAUCAACAUGGCUCUUUGGUUCAUCGCGCUGCCGUUUAGCUACUACGCUACGGUGCAGGUCGUGCGAAAGUUUAACGAGAUUGAGGAGAAGAGCAGAGGGGAAGCAGUACAUGAGAUUUCGAGUUGA